GUUAUUGUCUUCCAAAUUUUCUAUUUAUUCUACUUUUAAGAUUUGUAAGUUAAUUUAUUGUUAUAAAAAUGGCAACUCCAUGGGCAAAAAUCCAACCUGUAGAAGGACCAGUUAGUUUAUUGGAAAUAACUUCAGAACAACUUGCAAUGAGUUUGCAAGAAAAAGAACUAAAGCAGUGUCAGAAUGAAACAAUGGAUGAUGUAAAUAUUAAAGACUGUGCACUAUAUGAAUCUAAUGAUACAGAUAACGAUGAAGUGAUUGCACAUAUGUUACAAGAUCAAUUUAACAAAGAAUAUAACUUAAUGCUGAAACGUACAGAGGAAAAAUUCAAUCGUGAUGCUAAAGUAAAUAUAACUUAUACAAACUAUCGAACUUCUCUGUCUGAUGACCAGGAUGAUAAAGACACAGACAUUGAAGACACAACCAGGGAUUUUGAUAGAUUUGUGAGUAUAGAAAAACAAUAUGCUUCUAUACCACGUUGUGGAUAUAAAAAAAUGGGUGGCGAAGGAUCUCAGAUCAUUACAAAACAUGAUAUGUUAAUGUCUUCAAGAAUAAAUGCCUGCAGAGUUUUACAAUUUCCACCAGGUAUUCAUACAGGAGACACAGGAGGGUUUGAUGUCAAACUAAACAAUAAAGUGUUCAACAGCUUAAGAGCACACAGUCAUGCUCAGUGUUCCAGACAAAAAGCAAAAGCACGACCACAUACAAAAUAA